AUGACUGACAACUCCCCCACCUUGCUGUAUGCAGGAGAACAUUUGGAUACUGUUGCAGGAUUCCCAACACUCUACACCUUCAGUCCCGCAAAUCGCGACAAUCCUCUGAUUGUGUUCAUACCGGGUGGCGGUCAUAAUGCUCGCAUCUCAUAUGGCGGCCAUCCCGGAAGUCGCAGGGAGGACUUCCUAGCACACUGGGUAAACAAACUGGGCCACGGCCUACUUGCCAUCUCAUACCCGCUCCAGAGCCAGCCGAACGAGAUCAUGGCUGCAACAGCACCAGUAUUUCGUAUUCGUGAUUGGGGUCUGCAAGCAGCGGAGGUAACGAAGAUGGUGAUCGAGAGGCAUCGCCUGUCGCCCAAGGUCGUGCUUGUCGCUUGGAGUAUGGGCGGCCGGGUAGUGGUUCCGUACAUACAAGCAGCAAAGGCACGGGGGCUAACAGUUGAGCUAUUCGUGAGUCUCGCGGCUACUCCUGGACUCGCUGGUUCUCGGCCCAUUCCCGCUGGUAUCAAAAAGACGUCGGAGGGGUAUGCUGCAUUGGACAGGAUGUCGGAGCUUUUCCUGGACCAGAUCCAUGAGCAGAAUCGGCUGAACUCCCGUGUCAUUAUUCCGGACGAUGUGUAUCUACGCGGCUACUACGGGCAUACGCCUGUCGGCUUGCUCGGCUGGGGCUUGAGCUAUUCCCCGGAGCGCGGAUUUGUUGAAGAUCGAUAUACUUCAACGGAAGAUGCCGACGCGAACAAUUUUCGCCAAUGGCCUUUGAUUUCUGCUCUGCACGGUGACAGCAUACUGGAUGGACGGCAUGUACUUGCGGACAAGGCAACUUGGGCAUUCAUGCAGGUGCAGCAGCUCGUGAGUGCUCUCGAAGGUCGAGGCUAUAGAUCGCUGAGCUCUCAGCGCUGGGAGGAGGUCGUCAAGCUGGUCCACUCACGGCCGGAGAAUAUGUGCCGGCAGAUCCAUGGUAAUCACUUUUUCUUUCUGGGCGAGCAGGGCGCUCGUGAUACGGCGGCUGCGAUCGUUGAAUCUGAGGGACGCUCGGAUCUUCAUGUCCACUCUUGA